AAUACUGCCUUUACAAAAGUUUCACAGGUGAAUAUAGUCAGUCAGCUUGUAACUUAGUCCAAUGAACCGCAAAACGGCAAAAUACAGAAAUAAUGAACUUCCGAUUUGAGCGAAGUCAGAGAUGAGUGAGAAGGCCAAAGACAGGGAUAUGUGUGGUCUGCAAAGUUCUCCACCCUGCCCGGGAGCAUUCCUGUAUAUCCUUAAUUGCUUUCUUUUGCUGCUGCUCCAGAAGGAGGCUCUUGGCUGUCCAGCUGCUUGCCAGCUCUGCACAGGGAGACAAGUUAGCUGUCGUAAUUUAGGGCUUUCGAGCAUCCCACGGAACUUUCCAAAAACAACAAUUCUUGUGUACCUCAGUGGGAAUAAUAUAUCGAGUGUCACUCCAAAUGAACUAAGAGGUCUUCAGAAGCUUGCUGCACUCUACAUGGAUAACUCCUCUAUUUCCUAUGUACACCCGAAAGCUUUUGUGGAACUCCCUAAACUGUGCUACUUGCAUCUAAAUAACAAUAAUAUUAAGCGUCUGGAUCCAGGAAUCUUUGAAGGUCUUUCCAAUCUUCAUUGUUUAUACCUUCAGAAUAAUCAAAUAGCUUUUGUUCCCAGAGGAUUAUUUAGUGAUCUCCUUUCUGUUAGAUAUUUAACACUUCAAAGAAAUCGUCUCAGUGUCCUUGGAAGUGGGACUUUCUUGGGAAUGAUAAGUCUCCAAACACUUAACCUAGCCAAUAAUAAGAUUUCACGGAUAUCAGAUUCAGCUUUUCAUCAUCUUGAAAACCUUGCAUAUUUGUUCCUUGAAGGUAACAACUUAACAUUUGUGCCAUCAAAUGCUAUUGGAAGGCUCAAAAAUCUUGAAAGACUUUCUUUGUCUCACAAUCCCAUUGGAUCAAUACAUCCUUUUGCAUUUAAAGGACUUAACAAGCUUAGAUACCUGUUUUUAAAAAACGUAAAGCUAAAAUGUAUUGCUGUAAAUGGAUUUUUUGGAUUAAACAACCUUAGCCAGUUAAUCUUAAGUUAUAAUGAUUUAGAAAAUAUAAAUUCCAGCACUUUUACUUUAUUGAACAAUUUAAUGUAUCUGCAGCUAGACAGAAAUAAAAUAACCAGUGUUGGCAAUGGUACCUUUGAAAAAAUGGGACAGUCACUUAAAAUACUCAGUUUAGCAUUUAAUAAUAUUACAGAGUUAGAACCAGAAGUGCUCAAGCCCUUAGUGUCUUUAACUCACCUACAGGUAAAUUAUAAUCCAUGGAACUGCAGCUGCAAAAUGCUUGGGUUACUUAAUUGGCUAGUGUCGUCUCCUAUUUCUGUAAAAAUUCAUUGUCAGAAUCCCCUGAGUAUGCGUGGUAGACCUUUGCAUUAUAUUAAGUGGACUCAGUUUGCAAACUGCAGUAGCCCUACUACCAGCCCAGAAACAGCCUGGGGUCUAGGAUCCGUAGGUGUCCAUCACAGUGCCACCACUUUGCUGAUGGCGUGGCAUAAGGGAAACAGGCACAACACAUUUGAACAGUUUGUCAAUGCAGAAACUAAGUAUGUUGCUUUCUGGGAAGGAACUACAGCUACAUCUGCUAACCCAUUGCCCUAUGAAGAAAAUGCUGCUGAAAUUCCAUCACAGGCAACUACAGUGGUAUCAACAUUACCGGUGCAAAUAGCAGCACAGACGAUACCUGUUAACAGAACUGUAGAAGAAGGUUUAUUUCCAACAGAUGCUGCUCCUGUGUCAUUAAAAACAUCCCUUCUUUGUACACAGCAGGUUGAAAAGCUGAAUAAGGCUUUUGACAUUUUACUAGCCUUUUUCAUUCUGGCUUGUGCUGUGAUCCUGUUCUUAACCUGUAAAAUUAUUCAGUUUAGGCAGAAACUAAAGGUGCUGGAAAACUCAGGGGAAAAGAGAAUAGAAUAUUAUGGUUUUUAUCAGCCUGGCAGGUACAACAUAACUGACCCAGUGCAGUCCCUAACUCAGAAUUCAAUGGGGCAUUCAGAACUGGACCAAAUUAGGCUUCUCAAGAGAACAGCAUCUGAAAGUCAGGCACAGGUCAUAUUGUUUGAACAUUCUUCAUUGUAAUUUAUCUCAUUUCAUUUGAUGUUGACUUUAUUGUGAUCUGAAAUGUCAAGAAAUCAAGAACUCAUUUUUCUAGAAAUACCUUCCCUGAUUAAAAUCAACUGAUUGAUAGAAUUGUGGAAAAUAGUGUAAUUUGGGUUCUGCAUCAUCAUUUGCUUCCUGAUUGUUCUGAAGUUUAUUGAUUUUUAUUAGAUGUCAUUUAUAUCUGACAUGGAUAGGUAUAUUAUCCUCUGUCCCUGCUGUAGGAAUCUUUCACCUAUAACUCAAGUAUACAUGCAGUAUAAAGUACACAUAUAUUUAUUUUUAUUUAGUUUCUAUAGAAAUUCCGUAGCUAACUUGAAGCUUGAAGCAAGCAAAACAUCAAUUUUUAGCUGGAUCAUGAAGCCAAGAAAUCUGGGGGAAUGAGGGAAAAAAGCAAUGCUUCAUUUAUUGUAAUGCAGUUUCUACUCUGCCUCUAUUAAUCAUCACAGUGGAAAAAAAAGUGAGCAUAUUUACAUCUAGCAUGUUCAAACUCUUGAG